AUGCAUGAAAAAAUUAAAGCCAGGUUGCUGGUUGAAUGGUUAAAUGAUGAACAUAGCAAUGGGUUUAAGCCCCUUGGCCCACACAGCACUGGGCAUGCAGGGGCAGGAGGAGAUGAAAAAGGUGGGCUAUUACUCAUCCGGCAUUGCAUUUGGGGGCUCGUCCAGGAUACCCCCCCUUUUCAAGCCCACCAGACAACUAGUCAACAGGUCGUUGGAAACCGAUUGAUCGAGGACUGGCAAAUAAGCCCCUGGCGGACGUGCUAUAGGACUGCCGGUGGGCCGACAGAGACGUCCCUUGUUGCCCAGCAGGGGCCUCUCAGGGAUCGUGGAUUCACCCUGGCAGAUGAAGGAGAAGAAUUCCUACUCCUGCUGUUCGAGGAUGGAACUCGCCUAGCCCCUACCUUCAGCCUUCCGAAGGCCAUUAUCCAUCCCUUCGGGCUGACUGAUCGGGAGCGCUCAUCCUCACCCCGCCCUUUCGAAUUCCUCACUUGCUCGGUCCUCUCGCAACACUUGCACCGGUGCCUCUGUUGCUUCCUUUCUAUUCUAGGCGCCUUUCUCCUCGUUUUAACUAUUUUCUUAAUCUGGGAGCUACCUGGUCAAAUGGGGCAAACCCAGAGUACCCCACUCUCCCUCCUCUUGGCUAAUUUCAGGGACAUUUGGGUGAGAGGCAAUGACCUGAGCCUGGAUAUCCGGAGAUCUAGACUCAUCACUUUUUGCCGCUCCGAAUGGCCAACCUACGGGGUGGGAUGGCCCACUGAAGGCACCUUCUGUCUACCUGUAAUCCUCAAGAUCAAGGCCCAAGUUCUCCUACCUGGGAAAGAGGGACACCCAGACCAAGCCCCCUACAUCCAGGACUGGCAAGAUUUAGUGGAAAAUCCCCCUCUGGUUGGCCCACUUCCUGUCCUCAGGAAGUUGCAAGAUCCUUGCAGCCCGACCCACAGAAUCCCCCAGACCUCGAAACCCGUCUGCGCCCCCUCCACCUGUCCUCCCUGAUAGCCAAGACUUACUCAGUUUAGACCCACCCCCUUACCUACCUC